GCCGCUCCGGGCUGCGCAGGGUUAAGGCCGGUCCUGGCGCUGAGUGACGGGGGUGGGGGGGACACACGGGAGGGGACACGGUGCGGGGGGGGGGACACGAAGCGGGGGGGGGCGGCGGGGCCGGGCCCGGCCGCUCCGGCCCUUUGUGUCGGCGAGCGGCGAGUGGGGAGCGGCGGGAGCCCAGGAGCCCGGCCCCUCGCCCCCAGGAGGACACCGAGGGGUCCCCGACGUCCUCGGAGCGGGGCCACCGCCGUCCCCCAGCCCCAAUGUCCUCGGUGCGGGGCCACCGCCGUCUCUCGGCCGAGGGGUCCCCAGUGUCCUCGGAGCGGGGCCACCGCUGUCCCCCAGCCCCUUGCCCGCAGGAGGAGGAGACAGAAAGGUCCUCGGAGCAGGGGCACCGCCGUCCCCUGGCCCCUCACCCACAGGAGGAGGACACGGAGGGGUCCCCAGUGUCCUCGGAGUGGGGCCACCACUGUCCCUCGGCUGAGAGGUCCCCGAUGUCCUCAGAGCAGGGCCACCACCGUCCCCCGGCCCUUUGCCUACAGGAGGAGGACACAGAAGGGUCCUCGGAGGGGGGCCACCACUGUCCCUCGGCUGAGAGGUCCCCGAUGUCCUCAGAGCAGGGCCACCACCGUCCCCCAGCCCUUUGCCUACAGGAGGAGGACACAGAGGGGUCCCCAGUGUCCUCGGAGUGGGGCCACCACUGUCUCUCAGCCAAGAGGUCCCCGAUGUCCUCAGAGCAGGGCCACCACCGUCCCCCGGCCCUUUGCCUACAGGAGGAGGACACAGAAGGGUCCUCGGAGGGGGGCCACCACUGUCCCCCGGCCCCUCGCCUACAGCAGGGUACAGAGGAGUUCCUGAUGUCCUCAGAGUGGGGCCACCACCAUCCCCUGGCCCCGAUGUCCUCAGAGCGGGGCCACCGCCAUCCCCCGGCCCCGAUGUCCUCAGAGCGGGGCCACCGCCGUCCUUUGGCUGAGAAGUCCCCGAUGUCCUUGGAGCGGGGCCGCCACUGUCCCCCAGCCCCUCGCCCACAGGAGGAGGACACAGAGGGAUCCCCAAUGUCCUCGGAGUGGGGCCACCACUGUCCCUCGGCCGAGAGGUCCCCGAUGUCCUCGGAGCAGGGCCACUGCCGUCCUUUGGCCGAGAAGUCCCCAAUGUCGGAGCGGGGCCACCACCAUCCCCCAGCCCUUCGCCCCCAGCAGGAUGACCCAGCGAGUUCCCCCGUGUCCUCGGAGGGGGUGACGGAUCCCCCGCGUCGUCCCCGGGGACGCCGAUGGGGGACCCCGUGUCACGGCGGUGGCGGCGGCAGCGGCGCCGGCACCGAGUUGCGGCGGUUGCGGUUCCGUCAGUUCCGUUACCAGGAGGCGUCGGGGCCGCGGGACGUGUGGCGGCGGCUGCGGGAGCUGUCGCGGGGGUGGCUGCGGCCCGAGGUGCGGAGCAAAGAGCAGAUCAUGGAGCUGCUGGUGCUGGAGCAGUUCCUCAGCAUCCUGCCCGAGGACAUCCAGAGCUGGGUCUGGGUGCGACACCCCCAAUCCUGCGCCCAAGCCGUGGCCUUGGCCGAGAAAUUCCAGCUGGGCGGCGGGGAGGAAGGCGAGGGGGUGUGGGAGCAGCAGGUGACGGUGCACGUGAAGGUGGAGGAGGUGGCCCCAGGGGACGUAGAGGACCCCGAAGUGGCGGGGGACCCACCAAGCCCCCCCUGGGAGUCCCCUCACUUCCCCUCCGGGGAUGGCUGGCAGGAGGAGGUGGCCCAGGGCAAGGUCAAGGUUGUCCCUGAGGAAGAGGAGCGGCACCUGCAGGAGACAGCAGGUCCCACCAUAGCAAGCAGAGACUCGGAGGUGUCCAUUUUGCAACAGCAAGACCCCCCGCACUCACCCAGCACCCUCCAAGGUGUCCCAAUGGCCAGGACCCCUGCCCGGAGAGGGACCCACCGACGCCACAUCCCACAGGAUCCCGCCACCUUCCCACAGCCCCUCACCCAAGUUCUGCCUGGACCGGUGGAGGACACCAAGAACCCAGAGAUGUCCUGGGUGAAGCGUGAGCCGUCGGCGCCGGGGAAGGACCGUCCAUACCCCUGCGGCGUGUGUGGCAAGAGCUUUGGCCGGUUGACCCACCUGAAGACCCACCAGCGAACCCACACGGGGGUGAAGCCCUACGCCUGUGGGGCUUGCGGCAAGAGCUUCGGCCACCUCUCCACCCUCACCACCCACCAACGGCUGCACACGGGCGAGCGUCCUUACGCCUGCGGCUCCUGUGGCAAGACCUUCACCAACCCCUCCGACCUCAACAAGCACCAGCGCUCCCACACGGGCGAGCGGCCCUACCCCUGCGCCGCCUGCGGCAAACGCUUCAGCCAACAGUCCAACCUCACCAUGCACCAACGCAGCCACACCGAGGAGCGGCCCUACCCCUGCGCCGCCUGCGGCAAGAGCUUCAAGUACUUGGCCGACCUGACGGUCCACGAGCGCUCGCACACGGGCGAGAGACCUUUCCCCUGUCCCCACUGUGGGAAGAGCUUCAGCAACAAGUCCUCCCUCGCCCGUCACACGCGUAUCCACGCCCGGGCGGCCGCCAGGGACAAAUGAUGGGGGUUUUGGUGGUGGUAGGGAGGAGGAAGGUGGCACGGCUUCGUCCCGGUGGAGGAGGUGGGGCUGGGUGACCACCGUGGGGAAUAAUGGUUGAGGUUGGGUGGGUGAGGUGGGACCUGGUGGGACGGUGGCCGGUGAUGAUUUCUUUGCCAGCUGGCACCACGCAGCUGCUGCGGGUGGACUGGGCAGCCCAGAGGAGAUGCAACAUGGGUGGAGGGGUUGAUUGAUGUCCCCUGAGAGCCCGGUGGCUCCAGGACAAGGCUCCCGGGUCCUAGGUCCCAGGGAUGUGACACGGAUGGGGGUGAUGAUGAGUCAUGAUGAUUGAUGUCGUCGAAGAGCCUAGUGGCUCCAGGAUGCACCUCCUGGUCCCAGAGGAGAUGCAACAUGGAUGGGGGAAUGAUGAGCUGGGGACCGAUGUCCCCCACGAGCCCAGUGGCUCCAGGACCAGGGUUCCAGGUCCCAGAGAUGUGACAUGGAUGGGGGUGAUGAUGAGAUGAGGAUUGACGUCCCCUCAGAGCCUGGUGGCUCCGGGAUGCACUUCCUGCUCCCAGAGGAGAUGCAACGUGGAUGGGGGGACAAGGUGCUGGUGACUGAUUUCCCCCAUGAUCCUGGUGGCUCCAGGGCACAACAUCGCAGAGAUGUAACUCGGCCGGGGGGGGAGGACGAGCUGGUGAUUGAUGUCCCCCGUGAGCCUGGUGACUCCAGGACAGCGUCGCAAAGGAGACGUAACAUGGAUGGGGAUGAAGAUGAACUGGUGAUUGAUGUCCCCCAUGAGCCGGGUGACUCCAGGACUCGGUUCCCUGCUCCCAGAGGAGAUGCAUCAUGGGCGGAGACGACAACAAACUGCUGAUUGAUGUCCCCCGUGAACCUGGUGACUCCAGGACAGCUUCCCAAAGGAGGCGUAACAUGGAUAGGGAUGAAGACAAGCUGCUGACUGAUGUCCCCCAUGAGCUGGGUGACUCCAGGACUCGGUUCCCCGCUCCCAGAGGAGAUCCAUCAUGGACGGAGGUGACAACAAACGGAUGACUGACGUCCCCACCAUGAGCCUGGUGGCUCCCCGGUCCCUCCCCCAUCUCCUCUGGGCACGUCCACCUCCCCACCACGGGGACGCCCCGUCGCCUCUUCCACUUGGGCGCCUCCAGUUGCGACUCCCCUUCUUUUUCUCCCUUUUUUUUUUUUUUGUUUUUGUUUUUUGGGUAUUUAUUCAUCACGGCGAGCGCCGGCCUUAAAUUUUGGGCGACCCACUUACCUCACCGGCCGCACGCUCCGGGGCUCAGUGCCGGGGCAGGGGCCCCUUGGUGGCUCCGCUUCCCUCUUCCCGCCGUCUCCCCUC